AUGAUUUACAGAGAAAAAGUUCCUAAAUGGCUCGUCGGCCGUAUGAUUUGUUGUUCAAACUGUUGCUCAUCGGCGAUUCGGGUGUGGGAAAGACGUGUAUUCUUUAUCGAUUUAGCGACGACGCCUUCAAUACCACAUUCAUUUCCACGAUUGGAAUUGAUUUCAAAAUCAAAACGAUCGAAUGAGAGCAAGAAAGAUAAAGCUGCCAAAUCUGGUAAGGAUACAGCAGGUCAGGAACGAUUUCAUACAAUAACCACAUCGUACUACCGAGGAGCGAUGGGUAUUAUGUUGGUGUACGAUAUCACAAAUGCAAAAAGUUUUGACAACAUUGCCAAAUGGUUACGGAAUAUUGACGAGCAUGCCUCUGAAGAUGUUGUUAAAAUGCUGCUCGGCAAUAAGUGUGACAUGACGGAACGAAGAGUUGUGAGUCGAGAGCGGGGAGAAAAAAUUGCGAAGGACCACAUGAUAAGGUUCCUUGAAACGUCAGCCAAAGCUAAUAUUCAUAUUGACACAGCAUUCUAUGAGCUGGCUGAAGCGAUUUUGGAUAAGGUUAGUCGUUUUAUAUCGUUCUGUACUGAAUCUUCCUUACCGCUAACCUGUCCGCGACGAUAG